AUAACGUGGUUAGGGUUAUGGUUUGGUUUGGGGUUAGUGAUCUCGGUUCUGCCGUUCAGCUGGUGUCACUGGGGUUUUAUAGGGUCAGAUGGACGCCUCGGACCCCCCCGACCCCCCCGACCCCAACAUGGAUCUGCUCCCGGCCGUGCCCAUUACACUCGCCGAUCGCAGUGAGGGGGGGUCCCCGGUGCCGCCCCCCCCCCCAAAAGGUUCGGUCCAUUCGGGGUCGCUCUGUGCCCUGUUGGCUUCCACCGCCGUCCGGCUGUGCCCGGGCCGCCCCUCGCCCCGUAUGGCCUUCGCCCCCGUCGCCCCCGACCCGCACAGCGACAGCCGUGUCCCCGCCAUCCUGGAGCGCAUCAUCGCCCGGGUUGUGGAGCGGAAGAUCCAGGAGCGGGACGGGGGAACGGCCGGACCCUGCGCCCCCCCCCCCGGGACCCCCCCCACGCACCAGCUCCUCGCGCCGGGGGGGCAACUGUGGCUGCACGACCCCCCCCACGCCAACAGCUACGGGCUGUUCCGGCAGCACUGGAGGCAGGGACAGUUGGACCCGGCGCUGGGGGGGCCCGGGUGGUUGUUUCCCCGCGGGGGGGGGCAGCAGGAGCUGGAGGUGACGGAGCUGCGGGGGCACAGACGGAAACGGGUCGGAAGCAGCGAGUUCUGGGAUGGAUUCGGAACCAGCGCGGCGCAGCCCGGCCCCUCGGAGCUGCUGAAGCUGGAGUGCAGCAUCGGGGACACGCAGCAGCGCCGGGUCGCGCUGCCGUUCCCGGAGUAUUGCGACCCCCACGGACAACUCAACCUCGUGUCCCACCUGCAGACAUGGCCGGGAUGGAUGCGGCCCCGCGUCUGUGCGGCGUAUGGUGAGUGA